AUUUUUCAAGUCUCUUAGUAAAAAAACUUACCAUUUUUCAAGUCUCUUAGUAAAAAAAUUUACCAUUUUCAAAUCUCUUAGUAAAAAUGUUCAAUUUAAAAGUGUUGAUCACUUUUUUCUGUUUAAUAUCCAUCGUCUCAUCCAUCUCACCACGAGGUACAUUAUCUCAAAAUGCAUCUCUCCAAGAUAUAUCGCCCCAAGAUAUAUCAUUCAUUUACGAAGAACCAAUUGAUGGUCUUAAACUUUAUUCUAUUUUCCCCACUAAUGAUUAUUUGAUGAUUUGGAUGGCCUUUGAAGAUAAAAAUCCAGAAUGCAUGUUACCUUAUUUCCAUUUACGAUUGAAAAAUAAAAGAACAGGACAAAUCAAUAAUUAUAUAGACCUUAAUUACACUCUUCCUGCGGAAGCAGUUUGCCCCAUUAAUAUUGAUUUGUUACCUUUAGCUGACAAUUAUAUUUUGUUGUAUUAUACUAAAACAACAAAUGGAAUUAAGGAAAAACAUGGAUUGAUAAUUAAUUAUAGCGGUGAGAUUAUGAGCGAAAUAUAUUUAGGAAAUGCUGACGGAUAUGUUGCAUCAUCAAAUGAAGGGUUUAUUAAUAUUGAAAAGCCAGACGAAAAAGGAAUAUCAGCAUGGCAUUGGUAUAGCUUUCCGUAAGUAUUUUUAUUAAUAAACAAUUUUUUUUCUGAAAAUAUUUGUUGAUUAACUUUUUCAUCUUAUUUUAGAAAUAUUGUAACAGGAGAAGUGGUGGAACAUAGUAGUGG